GAGGGGCGUAAAGCUGUUCAGGAGCUUGGCAGCAGGGGGGAGGGCUGUCUGGCCUCCUCCCCCUUCUCCCCCCUGCUAUGUACAGGCCCCCGUGGGGUCCAGGAGUGCUGGGAGCCCCGGACGCAGCAGUGGGUAGAGACGAAUCAUGCAACCUGCAGAGGGAGAUCCGGGCUCGGUUUCAUGGGGCUUCAAUGAGAAGUUGGUGAGGGGUCGCACGUGGGGGGAACUGAAGCUGGAUCUGGAUGAAACAGGUCCCUGGGUAGAGUCAGCGCUUCCUCCAGAAAACCUGGGUCUGAACCCUGCCUCCCCCGCCCCAGCCUGCCGGCUCAUUGCUUCAAUCCCCUCCACUGACAACGGCAAAGGAGACCCUGACUUUGCUGAAAGGACUUCCAGCCCUGAGGGAUGUCGGGACCUUCACCCACCUACUGCUGUAGAGGAUUUCCUCUCCUACAAGCAAUGAAGAAACACCACCAGCCUCCCCCUAAGCUUCCACCGGUUCAGGGCAGUGAGGGCAGAGGCUGGGCGUGUGCUCGGGCUGCAGUGAUGUGUUUCUCUGUACAGGAGCUGAGGACAGAACACACGAAUGUCCCAGGGAGGCCCCCUGGGCAGGGUGCACGUGGCCACGAGAAGGGCCCCCUAGUGCCAAGGGUGGGCCUAAUCCAAGACAGAAAAUCACGAAAAUUAGAUCUCCCGUUUUUCUGAACACCGACUCUGUGCCAGGGAAUUUGCUAGACGUUUUCACAUACAUGACCUCAUUUAAUCCUUACAGCUCUCCAAGAAGGUGGUAGCACCCCAUUUUACAGAUGAGGCUCAGAGAGAUUUGGAAAGCAGGCAGCUCUGUUUCCAGCCCAGGCUUGUCUGUAUUCAAAGCUCAGUCUGGUGGUCCCACCACCCUGCACCCCGUGGUUAUGGCCUAUCUGCCCUCAGCCUUGGCCAGUGGGAGCCCAGGGCAGCAGAAAGGCCUGGAGGAUCUGUGGGAGAGGGGCCAACGGCCACUGCGUCUGAAACCCAGAGACUCAGAGUUGGCAGCACGCAGCGCCCUGCUGACCACAGCCGUUUGGCAUGGAGGCAAGGGGGUGGGGCGUGUCAGAUCCUGGAGCCUGGAACCACAGCCUCUCUUGGUGCUGUCCCAGGUUACCAGGAGCCCCGGGCCCUCAUCUCUGCCCGCAGGCCUGGUGCCAUGGGCUCAUGAGAAUACCACGCAGAGGGGAGCAGGACUCGUACCUUAUCUGAAGCCAGCCACAGCUUCCCACUCCCCUCUCCGCAGGGAGUACUGGGUGAUGGCCGGCUAAGUGGGGUGGACAGUGUCAGGGAACCUCGAGGACUCUCAAGAUUGUUCUGUUUGUGGGAGAGGCCCCCAUGUCCCCAGGCCAUGGCAGCAGAAACUUGGCAGGGGAGCCCUCUGCCUGUGGGAUGUACUUCAUCACGGAUGUGGACUUGGGACCAUCACAGACUUUGGAAGCUUCAGGAAUCUGGGAAUAACGACAGCAGGCUGGCGGACGUACAGCAGGCUGUUCUCACCAGGCUGUGAGCACGACGGUCAGGGUGUUGACUGGACUCCCGCCUCCCUCUCCCAGGACGAUGUCUUGUUGGCUCCACAGUCCCUGCUGCCAGAGCUGGUGUGGGCAGGGAGGCAGCCACCCAGUCUGCGUCUGUGAUGGGGUGGGAGGGGUCCAGGGUGGUCUGCAUGAACCGGAGGGCUCUGAGUUGCCAGGACAAGCUCCUGCCUUCAGGCAGGCCAAUGUCUGACCACUCAGGGCUGUGAACACUCUCCCCAACCUCACCCCAGCUGGGCCUUCCUCCCACUUCAGGGUUUCUCUGGGCCUCCACUCACCCUGAUGAGCCCUGCAGCCUCCUCCGCCAGGGGCAAUGCAGAUUCCAACGGAGGCGGAACUUAGAGACCUCACGCGCAGGCCACCCGGUACCCGGGGAGGUAUCCAGGGGAGGCGGGGAGGGAGGGAGGGCAGGCUGCAGGGUUCCCCUUUGCCUGCAAAUAGGAACACAGUGUUUCUCAGUGGCUGCGAGGAUGCUGAGGAAAACCCCAGGAUACUGAGUCAUCGCGGUGGCCGGCUGAUAGCAAGCACUAAUCCUUGAACACUCUCGUGCGGGGGUAGGAUGACCGUAGAAACAUCUCUCAGACCCACAGCGCAAGCAGCCCAUGGAAUUUCAUAACCUGAGCUCUCCCUCUCCCCUUCCUUCCCUCUCUCCCUCCUCACUCCCUCCCUCCUCCUCGCCCUCUGCCUUCACCACUGCCUUGGGGUCACCUGGAGAGGCCCCGGCUCCUGCCUUCCUGGCGCCAGUCCUGAGCGUGGAAUUUGUCCUGGGCCUGGUGGGGAACAGCCUGGCCUUCUUCCUCUGCUGCUUCCACACGCGGCCCUGGACAUCCAACACUGUGUUCCUGGUCAGCCUGGUGGUGGCCGACUUUCUCCUGAUCAUCAACUGGCCUCUUCGCGUGGACUACUACUUCCUCCACGAGACCUGGCGCUUCGGGGCCACUGCCUGCAAAGUCAACCUCUUCAUGAUCGCCACCAACCGCUCAGCGAGCACGGUCUCCCUCGCGGCCGUCUCACUCGACCGCUACCUGAAGGUGGUGCGGCCUCAGCACGUGCUGAGCAGGGCCUCCGUGUGGGCAGCUGCCCGGGGGGCCGGGUGACUCUGGGGAAUCCUGCUCCUCAACGGGCACCUGAUCCCGACCACCGAUUCCAGCCACUCCUGCCUCAGUUACCAGCUGGGCACGAGCCCCUCGGCCUCACUCCCCCGGCACCAGGCCCUGUUCGCGCUGGAAUUCUUCCUGCCGCUGGCGCUCAUCCUCUUUGCCAUCAUGAACAUCAUGCUCACCAGCCAGCGCCGAGGCCCAGACGUGCAGGCGGGCCCGCGGAGGGCCGUGCGCAUGCUGGCCGCGGUUGUGGCCAUCUACGCGGUCUGCUUCUUGCGCAGUGUCAUCUUCGGCAAAGCUUCCAUCGUGGCCUUCCGCCUGCACGCCUGCUGCACCCUGGACAUCUGCUCGCAGCUCUUCCAUGGCUCCCUGGCCUUCACCUACCUCAACAGUGCCCUGGACCCCAUGCUCUACUGCUUUUCCAACCCCAACUUCCUCUGCCAGGGCCGGGCCCUGCUGGGCCUCACCCAGGGCUGGCAGGCCUCCGCCAGCGACGAGAGCACCUACCAGCCCUCUGCCUGGCGCCGGGUGCCCUCUGGGAAGGUGGUGGCCGCAGAGAGGCUGUAGGCAGAGGUGUCGCAGGAGAUCUCGGAGGAGGGCUGACCAGGAAGGCCCUCCCAGGACGGGGGCCCUGCUGCGGUACCACAGGAGGGAAGACUGCCAGCCUCUGGGCUGGAGGGACAGGGUCACUCCCUGGACUGUUGCCAGCACAGGGUCCCUCAACCAACCGGACAAGGGACAUCUGCAGGAGCCAGGUGGGUGGCAGGGGGAGAAAAGGGUCUUGGCUUGGAGUCGUGUGUCCCAGAUGAUGUCCCCAAAGCACAGAGCAUGAUGGCAGGUGGAGACAGGCAGGGGCUCCGGGACUCCAGCUCAGGCAGAGGGCCACACAGCUGCCCUGGCCCGGGCUAGAGCUGGAGGACUGUGAGAGCAGAAGUCUUGCUUUAGAAAUUAGACAGCUGCAUUUUCUGUCAUCUCCAGUUUGUCUUUUUCAAUACUAACAAACUUCCUUUUGAAAAUGCAAGGCUGCCUCAGCUGUUCUAAGGAAAACCAGUAAGUUACCUUUGGGUCCAUCUGGCUCUGGCAUCAGGAGGGUUCAAAGCGAGUUCCCCAAGAUGAAGGGACACUCUGGGGACAGAAGCAAGAACAGAAGCUUCCACAUUGAUCCUGGAGCCCUGGUGUGCCCUUGAAGUCAGAACGCUUCCCUGGGAGAGGUCCUCAGGCUCACGGGAUGGGCUGCCCACCUGGAUCCCUGGGAGGCCCCUGACUUACUCUCCUGCGGGACCACGUGAGGAUCUUCAGCCUGGGAAGUUACCACCUCCAUCCAGUUCAGGCUCCUGGCUCGGCUUGGACCCCCUCCCCUGGCUUUCCUCAGCCCCAAGUACCCUUCUCUGGCCCUGGAACCUGUGGUGGCUGCUACCCAACCAGGACAGGAUGCUGGAUGGGGUCAGGGGUCUCCAGGUCACCAGAGCAAGCUCACCGCCCUCCCCCAGGCCCAAAGCCAUCUUGCCCAUCUCUCCCCCUUCUGUUCUGUUCAAUACGCCUGUGUCAGUGUCUGAGACCACCUGGGCUAAUACAUCUGUUGACCUGGGGUCCCCAGGCACAAGGCGUGCACUGGGCAUGAAUCAGGGGUUUCUUUGGCAGGGAGAGUGGUUGGCCCUGUUGUGCACAGCCGAAGUCAUUGGGGGUGUGUGGCCUUCAAGGCUUCCGAAGGGCAACACAGAAGCCACUAAAGCCCCAAAUAUGCACCUCCUGAACGCCACGUGUCCCCAGCCCUAGCCACCUCAGGAGAAUGAACAUCUGCCCCCAGUAGACAUACGUCCUCCCUGCUGCGGGGUACAGAAGGGCCUGGGACUGGUUCCCUACUCAUCACCCCAGCCACAGGCCUCUAGGCCUCAGAUACAGGGUCUGACGAUGGGGGCCAAAGCCCCUCCCCCCAACUGUUUUAAUCCUCUUAGUCCAACCCUCUGACAUUGUGGACAGGGAUGCCCUCCCUCUGUUAAAAGUCCUCAGGAGUGGUGGCCAAGGCCCAGGAGGGUCACCCACAUCCCGGGAGGGAAGCAGGUGGAUGCCGUGUGGAUGCUGAGGUGGGAGACAGAACGUGUCAGGCAGAGGGAGGUGGCCUGGGGGACAGGAUGGAUGGGUAUUAAAACCUGGUGUGUCUCCAGCCAUCUUCCCUUUUCUGAAAACUCACCAACCGCUGUCAGAAACCCACAGAAGUACUGAGAACCCAAACCAAGUGAUGGAAAUGGGUGUGCCGCCCAGGCUCCUCCAAGGGGGCUCCCCGGGUGUCUCUGCCCCACAUGGCCCCCUGCUCCAGCCCUCCACUCUGCUGCCGCCUUUUUCUUGCUGGUAGAGCCACUCCUAGGACCUCCCCGCCUCGCCACCCCCUGCUGCCACAGAGGGGAACGGGCCAAGCCUGCGCCAGCCCGACCUGAGAUUUGUCACUUCUAAGUCAGACAUUCU